AUGAGUAUCAAAGACAUUGACGACGUCUUUGAAGGAUUGUCGCAUGACGAUUUAUUAUACCGGGGAUGGACAGAGGUGCCAAUCACACAAGAAAUCCGAGCCCGGUAUGGCUCGAAGUCUGAUAUCAUAUCCCUUGCCGAGAGCCUCCAAGAUUUGUAUUGGAAGGGUGCAGAGCAAGAACUUGCCAAUGCCAUUCUGGCCUUUGACGAAAUCCAGAGCGUUCAUCCGGAAGAGACGGAAGAGGAAAAGCGAGAGACAGAGGAGGGCACAGGACUGAUGUUAGAUGCAGAAAAGGAUAAGAUAAUUAAUGAGUGGCUCAAAAAUUGGAAUCCACUCGGCAAUAAGACACCACCAGACGUGUCUGCUUGGACCAUCAAACAUGCGGUGGCGUCCUACCUAAAUGAACCUCUACCCAAACGACGGGCAAGUAGUCUUUUACAAGCAUGCGGAUUCCUAGAUAUCGACUAUUGCCCAGAGUACAAACCCCCAUCUCUACGCUCGUGGGGUCAACGACCUCAUGUCGAAGAACGUAGCGCCGGUGCUAUCAACAUACGACUAUUUGUUGCAGUUCAAUGCUCCCAAUGUCGACACUGUAUCCGCUCACUCGUCUACUACAAGUGUGUUAAAGGAUGCAAAGAUCACUCAGUCCUUCGAAAUCGUUUUAAAUUGGACCGCUACAGGGAGCCGUCACCGGGCGACGACGAUGAAGACUGCCUCAACAUGAGCUACACGAUGUUUGAAAAGCUGUACACUACACACUCGAGAGAUCACUUGCGGGAUGUUCGUCAGUUUCAGCUGGCCAAGGACCCCAACCGCGACAAAUUCUCACAAGAGCUCGAUGCCUGGGAAGACAUAAUCACUGGAAAGUCUCUGCUUGCCUUGGGAAGUGCUACUUGGGAGCACUUUGCUGAAAACUUGCAUAAGUCGAGCUCCAUCCUUCCAGCGACCAGAACCAUGUUUCCGGCGGGUGACACACAUACUGUUCUGAUGUUCGGGCCAAUUCUGAUCGAGAAUGGGGUUACAAGAAAGCCUGGGGGAGCCUUUAUCUCACUCCGAAAUCUCCCCUCGCUGUCAAACAAGAACCCGGAAGAAGUCCAGGACUUCCUCGCGGAAGAAAGCGAAUUUGGAGUCACUAUUAAAGACGGUGAACUUCCGAAAGAAGAGCUCUUUGGAACCUGUUACUCUGUGGCCCCGAAUAAGACAGUGUAUCAGGCGCAUCUUUCUCGUCGGCGGCGAUCAUGGCUGUCAUUCCGCAAACAAGUACUGGGCAGCAUGUACACGGGCUACACUCCCGAGUUCGACGAGAUUGAUAGCACAUUGCUGGACGAGUUUCUUGAGAUCGCCAAGCAGUGGGCUUCGGUGAACUCCACCGACAACUCACAGACGCAAAAUAGUACGGCUCUGAAGUCGUGUGCUAAAAGAAUGACCGACCUCUUGAAAACGGCUUACCAGCACGAUGUACUGAUGAAUCUUACGAUCAUUUCUGAUCGUCUACUGAAACGAGUCAAAUUGCGUUACUCUCGCAUAAACAACAACUGUCAACAGUUCUGCAAGUCUCUGCUCAUCAACGGGGAUUCUUUCGACAGUCAAUUUGAACAUCUGUAUCCACCUCAGCCAUCAUUCAUUGACCAAACGGUCCGCAACAGGUGUUUACGAUACCUUAUGAGCUUUGCCGGUACUGUCGCCGAUCCAGUCCCUUUUGGCGGGAAGACAAACAUCAUGGCCACCGCCGUCAAAGUAUUCAACUGGUUUCCUCACACCGAUGGAGCCGACAUCAUCGACCACAUCGCCAGUCUUCGUUCCAAACCCGACCAAAAAGGGCAAUCGCCAGAUUUCUUGUUUAGUCAUAAUGGAGGGGACGAUUCCUACUUGCACGACGAGCUGCUUUUGAAGACACAAUCAGCCACCUGCCUCUUCAACUACGUAAAUAACCGAGAGUGUAGCCUAGCGACUCAUCUCCUCGACUGUCCAUACGACAAUUUAUCCCUCCUGACUAUGCAUACCCACCGUGCGCGCGAAUUAUACACUGUUCGUUCAGACAAUCCCGACGAAUAUCGAUACGAUUUCUUCCUCAGCACAAAGGGCAGCAAAGCAUGGAUCUCGAACCGUCUCGGUGUCUUUCUCAGAUCUUUUCUCUUACAGGCCUAUCUUCGCUCCUUCGUCAUGCAUUUCUUCAGCGAAAUUCCCAGUGGUAUUCCCAUGACCGAAAUUCCCAACCUUUGGAACCCCCAACCAUCAUCGUGGGCUCGCGCUCGACAUGACGCCGUCCGCACGGAGGAAGGUCUUUUGUCACUCGAUCAAGGCCUGGAAAAUACACCGGGAAACACAAGAGGCCAUAUCUUCCCGCUCAUGCAGAUGCUCACAGCAUCUGCUCCGUUCAUGCAGUCAGAGGCAGUCUUCAAGGGGCGGUGGCGGAGUUUGAAACAGAGAUUGAAAGCGGGGAGUCCGGAUAACAGCACAGACGCUAACACCCCGUGGAUGAACUGUGAAUGCAGAUCGUGUAAACAGGGAAGAGCUGUGAUACACUGUCGGCGCGCAAAGGCGCACGCGACUGACGUGAAGGCGGCUAAUUAUAAGUUCAAUGUAGGGCAUCCGGACUACACACCAAAGGAGACGUUGGAGUGGGCUUUUGCGAGACUGCAAGGAAAUGAGGACAGAGAGAAGGCGGAGGACGUGCUGGGGCGGACGCCGGAGUACUUUGAAGUGUGA